AUGGCGACUUAUCACAAGGCUGGUCCCGUUACUGUUACAGUGAAGUCCACAUCUGGGAUACUUCUUGGAAAUAUUCCGUUCGAGUAUAUAGACCACGAAAACAAUUUUCUGAAACAAAUGGUGUGUGACCCCAAGUCGCGACGGAAAUUGUUUUUGAUAAUGGCUGAAAGAGAGCAACAGCCCAGUUUACAUCCCCCUCACACGGACCCAACAACAGGGUCUUCUCAAGCAUCCCAUGUAUUAGCUACCUUAGUGUAUGCAGCAGCAAAAUUUGAUGCUCCUGAGCUUAUAAGAAUGAUUUUCGACUCCUCAAGCGGAGGCGUCGUCUUUCAUGCUUACAAGGAUAGGGCAAAAUUGCCUGAGUCUGUGGCGAGGGACCAUGGUAACGAUGACACUGCAACUUACCUCGAAGAAGUAACCACUAGAUUUUAUGAAGAGAUCAAGUCUGGUAAGGAAUUUAACCAGACAGUGGAUUGGUUAGAACUUAUAAAAGCUGCUGAUGAAGCUCAAGCCAUCAAGACGAGAUUGGCGAAGAAUAGUACUGUUAUAGCAGCUCAUGUAGAACGCAAUGUCAUUCCGCCAGCUAAAGAAGAAAGUAGAGUCUUUCCAUCAGCUGCUAGUGAAGGUGGUAUAUCACCAUCAGCUGAAAAGGAAAGUGGUGUUACCCCAUCAGAUACCAAAGAAAAAGACAUUACGCCAUUAGCUGCUACAAAGAGAAAUCUUACACCAUCGGGUGAAAGAGAAAUUAAUUUCACACUAUCAGCUAUGAAUGGAAAUAAUAUGACGACAUCAAAUGCAUGUGAUAGUGGAGUCAAGCUAUCAAAUUCUAAGGAAAGUAACGUAACGCCAUCAGCCGAUGAAGAAAGCGAUGUCACGCUCUUAAGUGCUGAGGGAAGUGCUGGUAGGUCAUCACCUGAAGGAGAAUGUGGUGGCACGCUUCCACCUGAAAGUGAAAGUGAUGUCACGCUUCCACCUGAAAGUGAAAGUGAUGUCACGCUUCCACCUGAAAGUGAAAGUGAUGUCACGCUUCCACCUGAAAGUGAAAGCGAUGUCACGCUUCCACCUGAAAGUGAAAGUGAUGUCCUGCCAUCAGCUGAGAGAGAAGGCGAUGCUACGCCAGCAAACUUAAAAGGAAAUACUGUCCUGUCAUUAGCUGGGAGCAAAAGUGGCGCUAUACAUGCAAAUUUAAAAGAAAUUACUGUCCUACAAUCAGCUAAAAGCGAAAGGUAUGCUACGCCAAUAAAAUUCAAUGAAAUGAAUGUCCCGCCAUCAGCCGAGACGGAUAGUAAAGGGAAGCUCGCAAACUCGAAAAAAACUACUGUGCCGACAUUAUCUGUGAGCAAAAGUGAUGCCACGUCAGCAAAAUCAAAAGAAAGUAAUGUUCCGCUAUCAGCCAAGCAAGAAAGUGAUGUCACACUAUUACCUAAAAGAGAAAUUGUUGUCACGCCGUCAGCUGCAAAUGGAAGUGAUAUCAUGCUAGUAGCUGCUCAAGAAAAUGUUACCCAGUCAGUUUCGGGAGAAAGUAACAUCACGCCAUCAGCUGAGAACGUAAGGGGUGUCACACUAGCAGUUGCGAAAGAAAGAGAGGGACCUGUCACACCAUCAACUGCAGAAGGAAGUGGUGUCUUUUCAUUAUCUCACAUAAGGAGUGUUGCCGCGCUAUCAGCUUCACAAGACGUUGAUUUAGUGUCAUCGGCUGCUAAAGUUAGGGACCUCAUGCCGUCAGCUACCGAAGGGAGUGUGGAAUCUGACACUUUGAAUGAACAAAUAGUGGACCCCGAAGAGGAAGUCAAGGAAGAACAAAGGAUGUCGGUAGUGCCCUGUGCACCUUCGUUUCAUUGGACAAAAGAGACCACCAAUUACGCCCGGUUAUGCAGGCUUCUGGUGGAUGUCGGAUCAGGUGUCUUGCGACAAACAUUUGAAAGGAAGCGUCCCCCAGGAAACCUGGACACGGUCCUAUCAAGCCCUCCAGUUCAUACCGUGCUCCUAUCACUGAAGAAGAAGAAAGUGUUAAAUCCUCUACAAUGGGGUAAACUUUAUCCCACUGUCAGGUGUUCAGUGUCAUCGAAGAAUUUCGACAUAACUCUUCUAAUGGUUUUGCUGAGGAACAUUUGUGGUAUUGUUGCUCCACCUACCGGCUGGAAUACACUUCCUACUGCAGCAGACAUGUCCCUUGAGGCAGAUAUCGUUCGCAUCAAGUGCUACAGAAACAUAGUUUAUGGUCAUGCCAGCGAGGCCUUAGUUGAUGACACAACAUUCAAUCGAUACUGGCAGGACAUCCAAGGUCCAGUGGUGAGACUGGGAGGAGCAGAGUACCAAAGUGCUAUUGGUGAUCAGAAAAAGGAAUGCAUGGAUCCCGAUUUCGAAGAACACUACAAAGAGCUUCUAAGGCAGUGGGUGAAGGAUGAAGUUAGCAUCAAGGAACGACUCGAUGAAAUGACAGAGAAGAUUGGUAAAAGCCUGGACGAAUUAAAGGAAGCAAUUGUCAAUCCAACAAAGAAAGCAGGAGACAAAGCUGUAACACAGUACUCCAAUGUGUUGAAAGAGUCAAUAAGAGGCCAAACCGAGUACCUCGCUCAAGUCUCACCAACCUUGCCCAAAGUGAGAACAGAUCACAUAUUCACUAACAUUCUCAUGCAACAUGGAAGAAAACCAGUCCAAUAUCUUGAUUUGGAAAGAAAAGAAUGCCUCGACCCGCAUGGCCAAACGAGAAGAAAGUUUGUCGAGGAUCUUGAUUUGAAAAGAGAGAAACACCUUCGCCAGUGUGGUCAAAUGAGUAGUAACCGAAUAAAACACUCUCAAGAAAUAUUCCACCCAACUGAUGGUAAAGAUUCAAAAUCUGUUCUUGUCACUGGAAAGGCUGGCAUCGGUAAAACACUGUUUUGUCAAAAGCUGAUCAGAGAUUGGGCUGACAACAAAUUAUUUGAAUCCCUAGGAAAUACCAACCUAGCUGAUUUUAAGUUUGCAUACUUGCUCACGUUUCGUCAGCUUAAUCUACUUGGAGACAACCCUGUUACCUUGAAGGAUAUCUUAAACCGAUCUUCAGUGCUUGAUGACCACUCAAAUAUCGACGACUCUUUAUUUGAGUACAUUGUUGAUCAUCCUGAAGAGGUUUUGGUUAUCUUCGACGGGUAUGACGAGUUUUUACAACGAGAUUCCAUCGCUAGUGAUUUACAUGAAAAGUACCCAAACAACGCCAUUGAGAAAAUGCCAUCAGCAGCAGUGUGUGCCAAGCUUCUUAAAGGAAAAAUUCUGAGAGGUUCGGUUGUAGUGAUAACGUCAAGACCUGAUGAAUCUGACAAAAUGAAAGACGAACACAUUCAUUUUGACAGAUACGUUGAAAUCACAGGAUUUUCCGAGCCACAGGUAAAAGAAUACAUUGGAAAGUAUUUCAAAAACAACGAAGGAAUGAAAAAUACUGUACUUGACCACAUUACAAAGAAUGUCAAUCUUUUCAGCCUUGCCCACAUUCCUGCACUAUGUUUCCUGAUGUGUUCUUAUUUCGAAUAUAGUCUACAGCAUUCAGAUAUCACAAAUCCACUUCCGGUGAAAACAAGUGACCUUUAUGAUGAGGUAGUCAAAAUGUUCGUGCAAAAGCACGAUAAAAACAAAAGACUCCCUCUCGAAGUGACUGUAAAUGUUUUAUCAAAGCUGGCAGCUCAACUUCUUCGAGAGAGAACGUAUCUGUUCAUCGAAGAGGAUUUAAAAACUUUCAACUCACAGGAGGUUAAAAGUCUGUGUGAAAGCGGUCUUCUUCAUUGCGGUCCCCUUUUCAGAAAGUGUUUUUCUGCAACGACGAAAUAUUUUUGUUUCACCCAUCUGACUCUCCAAGAGUACUUAGCGGCUAGGUGGUUGGUAAAGGAGAAAAAAACUCCCCCUCAACAUGUGUCUCCAGAAGUAUAUCAAUUUAUGUCUGGCAUUUUGUCAAAGCAAAAAGACGCCAUACUCAUGGAAAAGUUACUCGAGAAAGUUCUCCGUCCGCGUUUUUCUUCUGCUGGAAGAAAUCGGCUUGAAAUGUUUAAAUGUCUCAUGGAAUACGAAGACGUGGAGUUUGCUAAAAGAAUAGUAAAGAAACAUCAUCGUGACAUAUUUCGCGAAGAAGGAGGUAUUUCAUUUUUUUGUAGCCUACUGACGGAUGUGGACUGCACCGCUUUGUGUUUUCUGCUUCAUGUUUUUGGUGCACUCGAUGCAGAAGGAAAAUCUAAAGUGAAACAAGGAGCCUCUAAAAGGGGAGCAAAAUGGAAGCUCACCACACUUGAUCAGAGUUAUAAUCAGAUCCCCGAUGCUGGCAGUCUAUGUGAAGCAUUACAGACACCAACAUAUAAACUCACCAAACUUAAUCUGAGUGGAAAUCAGAUCACCGAUGCCGGUGUUGCCAGUCUCUGUCAGGCAUUACAGACACCAACAUGUAAACUCACCACACUUGAUCUGAGUUUUAAUCAGAUCACCGAUGCCGGUGUCGUCAGUCUCUGUCAAGUAUUAGAGAAACCAACGUGUAAACUCACCACACUUGAACUGAGUUUUAAUCAGAUCACCGAUGCCGGUGUUGUCAGUUUCUGUCAAGUAUUACAGACACCAACAUGUAAACUCACCGCACUUAAUCUGAUGGGAAAUCAGAUCACCGAUGCCGUGUUGUCCGUCUCUGUCAAGCAUUACAGACACUAA